UAACUUCAGAUUGGACGGUAGAUUGGUUAUCAUUACUGGUGGUUCCGGGGGAUUGGCCUCUGUUGUUUCCAGAGCAUUAUUGGCUCAGGGUGCUGAUGUUGCUUUGAUUGAUAUGAACUUGGAAAGAACCAAACAAGCAGCCAAAGACUUGGCUGCCUGGGGUGAAGAAACUUUGAAAGGUAGAUCCGAUCAACCUGCUGGUCAAGUUAGUGCCUGGUCUUGUAACAUUGGAGAUUCGGAAUCGGUGGAAACUACUUUUAGUGCAAUUAAUGAACAACACGGGAAGAUUGCCGAUGUUUUGAUUAACUCUGCUGGUUACUGUGAAAAUUUCCCUGCUGAAGAUUAUCCUGCUCCAAACGCUGAAGGAAUCUUGAAGGUUAACGGUUUGGGUGCAUUUUAUGUUUCUCAAGCUUUUGCUCGUCCUUUAAUUGCAAACAACCAAAAGGGUUCCAUUAUUCUUGUUGGUUCUAUGUCUGGUACUAUUGUUAACGAUCCCCAACCUCAAUCCAUGUACAAUAUGUCUAAAGCCGGGGUCAUUCAUUUGGUUAGAUCUUUGGCCUGUGAAUGGGCUAAGUAUAAUAUUAGAGUUAAUACUUUAAGUCCUGGUUAUAUCUUGACUCCUUUGACUAGAAAUGUUAUCAGUGGUCAUAGUGAAAUGAAGGAUGCUUGGGAGUCUAAAAUUCCAAUGAAGAGAAUGGCUGAACCAAAAGAAUUCGUUGGUAGUAUUCUUUACUUGGCUUCUGAUUCCGCAUCCUCUUACACCACUGGUCACAACUUGGUGGUUGACGGUGGUUACGAAUGCUGGUAAUCUGUGUAUAUUACUUCUUUUUACUUCUUUUGCAUAUAAUACUUUGACAAAAAAAAAA